AUGGCGCACAGCAGGUGGACGCCCUGGCUGCCUGUCCUUGUGGUGUCGCUGUUGCACUUGGCCGGUGCAGAGUACUCUAGCUGCGGUGAGGACGAGUUCUACAACCAGACCACUGGGCUGUGCCAGCUGUGCCCGCCUUGUGGGCCGGGCGAGGAGCCCUACAUGUCCUGUGGCUAUGGCACCAAGGAUGAGGACUACGGCUGUGUGCCCUGCCCUGCUGAGAAGUUCUCCAAAGGGGGUUACCAGAUCUGCAGGCGUCACAAAGACUGUGAAGGCUUCUUCCGGGCCACUGUGCUGACACCGGGGGACAUGGAGAAUGAUGCUGAGUGUGGGCCGUGCCUCCCUGGCUACUACAUGUUGGAAAACAGGCCCAGGAACAUCUAUGGCAUGGUCUGCUACUCCUGCCUUCUGGCGCCCCCCAACACCAAGGAAUGUGCAGGAGUCUCCUCAGGGGUCUCUGCCAACUCUCCCCGAACCUCUGGGGGCAGCACCCUGCCUCCCUCCCAGCACACCCACAAAGAGCUCUCGAGCCAAGGACACCUGGCCACAGCCCUGAUCAUCGCCAUGUCCACCAUCUUCAUCAUGGCCAUAGCCAUCGUCCUCAUCAUCAUGUUCUAUAUCAUGAAGGCCCGGCCUUCCGCCCCAGCCUGCUGCAGCAGCCCCCCAGGGAAGAGCGUGGAUGCCUCUUCAAGCCAGGAUAUGGAGAAGAAGGAGGCCCCAGAUGGUGUGGUGAUCUUCCCAGAGAAAGAUGAGUUUGAGAAGCUGACAGCGACCCCAGCAAAGACCACCAAGAGUGAGAAUGAUGCCUCAUCGGAGAAUGAGCAGCUGCUGAGCCGGAGCGUAGACAGUGACGAGGAGCCAGCGCCUGACAAGCAGGGCUCCCCGGAGCUGUGUCUGCUGUCGUUGGUACACCUGGCCCGGGAGAAGCCAGCCCCCAGCAGCAAGUCAGCCGGGAUCCAAAGCCGAAGGAAGAAGAUCCUGGAUGUGUAUGCCAACGUGUGUGGUGUUGUGGAAGGCCUCAGCCCCACGGAGCUACCCUUUGACUGCCUGGAGAAGACAAGCCGCAUGCUCAGCUCCACCUACAACUCUGAGAAGGCCGUGGUGAAGACCUGGCGCCACCUGGCUGAGAGCUUCGGGCUGAAGCGAGAUGAGAUUGGGGGCAUGACAGACGGCAUGCAGCUCUUUGAUCGCAUCAGCACAGCGGGCUACAGCAUUCCCGAGCUGCUCACCAAGCUGGUACAGAUUGAGCGGCUGGACGCUGUGGAGUCGCUGUGCGCAGACAUUGUGGAGUGGGCAGGGGUUGUGCCACCUGCCUCCCCACCCCCAGCUGCUGCAUCCUGA